CAAUACUCAGGGUCUUAAAAUAACCAAUGAAAGACCUUCAAGUAACAAUCGUUUUGCCCUAAACAUGUUAAGGUAACUUAAAUUUCUUUUUAAAAAACCAUCAAUCUAUAUCAGUAUUAUUCUGUAUUCGUUUCAGGUCAACUCUGUUUUGUUCAUCACUUUGCUUUGUCGAAUAAACAGAGUGUCAAAGUUCAGAGAAUCCAUGACACGUGUUCAAAACGUAAAGGCGUGGCUGAGGAGGUCCUUAAUUCUUCUGCCAGUCCUGGGAAUAACGUGGUCUUUUGGCCUUUUAACGUUUAUCUCGUCUACUAUUGUCUUUCAUUAUUUGUUCACAAUUUUCAACUCUUUGCAAGGAUUUGUCAUCUUUUUCAACUUUUGCGUUCUGGACUCUGAGGUAGGUUUUUUGGUUAUCCUAGUCACUACUGUCAAUUUAGACUCCAGUUUCGUCGUUUUUUCUGUCGAAAUCUUCAAGACGGGGAGCGCGCGAGGCGCUCCGUUUCUCAUUACCCCUCGGACUAGACUUGACCUGUGCAAAAAACCCUGCUAAUUUGCAGUCUACAGUGCGACUACUAUAACCUGGGUCACCUACACCACAGGUGUUGCAAACUCUGUGGGAGUUCGUUGGACUUUGAAUUUAUAAGAAAAUGUAUGAAAAUAAAAAUACGUCCUAAUUCCAGUUAAAAUAACUCACCUUGUGUUUUUGUUUUGAUUUUUACUGUCUCUUUGCUUCUAGAGCCAUUUAAAAGCCAUUUUAUCGACGUUUAAUAUUUUAAGUUGUACUACAGCGUCGAUAAAACGGCUUUCAAUUGGUUCUAGAAGCGGGAGACAGUAAAAAACAGAACAAAAACACAUGGUGAGUCAUUUUUAUAUCUAUUUUUUUAUAGCUUGGUCUCUUAAAUUUGUGUAUUCAGUGUUUGACUGAAUUUCUCAAAAUAAGAAACUGUUUCAAAAUUGUAGGCUGAAACAGGUUCUUGAUGUAAAAGGGAUCUAAAUGGACAAUCUUAGCAUAACAGGCUUUUAACAUUUAGGUUCUUAUACACGAGUUUUUACUGUACCAAAAGUGGCCUACUAAUAGUUUACUUUGCAAUUUAACCUUUUUCUUGCAGGUCAGAGCUCGUGUAGUUGGUGCUCUGUGUAAAAAGAAACAUACAUCCGCUGGAUGCGUCAGAAACAAAGCCGUAGCAGAACCAAUCAGUAUUGAGGAUAAUGUCCACAAAAAUAAUAAUCUGCAAGCUCCAGCAGGUAAAUAAAUCACCGAAAGUCGUCUUCAGUUUUAGUCCUUGGUAAUUACUUCCUUUCACGAGCUGAAUCAAGCAUUAUACCUCUGGUCCAACAAAACCUUCUUAAUAACCCGGGAAAAACGCGUGCAGACUGGGGACAGAGGAUCAGGCGCUUCUUGGGAUGAGGACGAUUGAUCGUAUUCCUGAAUAACAAUACGCAGAAAUGUUAUUACAAAUAUCUUUUAGCCUUAUUCUGGGAUCACAAUGGAAUGUUACAUACAUCUUAAUAUUUUAUUUCAACCAAAUUUCUGUAUUCUAAGUUGCAAUAUAUGCCCAAAUUACUUUUUCCGGAAUACGGUCAAUCGACCACGCCCUUAUUUUUGGGUGCCAAUGACCGACUACUGCAUGAGAGCCUGGGACAAGCGACCUUUGACGGGUUGGGGAGACUAAGGCCAAAUGUUCAAAUCCCAAGUAAGCCAUGCCUUAGGCUCAAAUUAGUGCAAAAAAAUACUUGCUGUCCUAAAAAUAUCUAAGGUCUUAGGAAACCGUUUUUGUCAACCCAAGAAAGUCCUUAGAACGCAAUUUUUUUUGCAAAUUUUCUUUGCCAAGAAACACUUUGCUUAAUACUGUGAGAAGUAACAUUAUUGUUUGUCUUUAUUCAGUCAUAUUCCUGACAGCUGUCCCAGCAAGGAUUCAGGGAAUUGAAAACAAGCGAUUUUUCAACACAGAUGAAAACCAACUGACGCUGGAAAGACAAGACCCAAAACUACAAACCUGGAAGACGAAAACUUAUCUCUGAUAACAACUACAUGAACCUAAAUUUAAGACACUCUAUUGUUUCAUAGUAAGUGAAUAGGAAGUCUUCCUUGGCUGACAUAAAAAGCAACAAUGGAAGAGACUUUCAUUAAGCAACAACUGUAAAGUGUCG